UUCAAGAUACUGGUCAUCUUUGUUCCAUGUUAGGGUAGAUUUGGGGUCCAGUUUGGAAGUGACUUUUUCCCUAAAUUUUGCAACAAACCAGAUUUACCUAAUCAAUAUUGAGAGCUUACUAUGUGUGAGGCAGCUGGGAAUACAAGGGAACAGUGAGAGAAAAAAAAAAGGACAACUCUCUUAUAGAGUUGUAGAGUUCACAUUCUAGUCAGUGGGGCUUGGGGAAAGACAGAAUAACCAGAAUACACCAAUGCUAGAAGAUGCUAAGGGCAGAAAAGAAAACCAAAGCAAAGAGUGGCGAGAGUGACUGCCAGGCAGGGCACCCUGAGACAGUGAACAAGUGAAGAGCUGCAGGAGGGGAGGCAGCCCCAUGUGUAUUGGGCAGCAGCAGAUGCAGAGGACGGGAGAUGGCCUUGUGUCUGCUCUAGGAGGUGAGUGUGAGACAGGAGAGCAAGGAAGGCUGAUGGCAACAAGGAGCAACCUUAGCCCUAUGCCCAUGGGCACGGCCCAGGGUGACCCUGGAGAGACAGGAACAUUGCCAGGCUCUGAUGCUGGCAUCCGGGAUGCAGGUUUGGCCACUCAGUUAAAGGUGAAGCCCAAGAAGGUGCGCAAGAUCAAGGCACUCAUCAUUGACCUGGGCUCCCAGUACUGUAAGUGUGGCUAUGCGGGGGAGCCGAGGCCCACCUACUUCAUCUCCUCCACAGUGGGCAAGCGCUCCGCUGAGGCUGCCGACUCCGGUGAUACUCGCAAGGAGACCUUUGUGGGCCACGAGCUGCUUCACAUGGAGGCGCCCCUGAAGCUGAUGAACCCGCUGAAAUACGGUGCUGUGGUGGACUGGGACUGUGUCCAGAGCAUCUGGGAGUACAUCUUCCACACGGCCAUGAAGAUCCUUCCCGAGGAGCACGCGGUGCUGGUCUCCGACCCCCCGCUCAGCCCCAGCAGCAACCGGGAGAAGUAUGCAGAGCUCAUGUUUGAGACCUUUGGAAUCCCUGCCAUGCACGUGACAUCCCAGUCUCUGCUGUCCAUCUACUCCUACGGCAAGACCUCGGGGCUGGUGGUGGAGAGUGGGCACGGCGUGUCCCACGUGGUGCCCAUCUCGGAGGGCGACGUGCUGCCUGGCCUGACCAGCCGCGCUGACUAUGCGGGGGGUGACCUCACCAACUACCUGCUGCAGCUGCUCAACGAGGCCGGCCACAGGUUCACGGACGACCACCUGCACAUCAUCGAGCACAUCAAGAAGAAGUGCUGCUACUCAGCUCUCAUGCCCGAGGAGGAGAUCGGCCUGUGCUUGGAGGACCUGCGUGUGGACUACAAGCUCCCGGAUGGCAAACUCAUCACCAUCGGCCAAGAGCGCUUCCAGUGCGCCGAGAUGCUCUUCAAACCAGUCCUGGUGGGCAGCAGCGAGCCUGGCCUCCCUGCACUCACAGCCGCCUGCCUGGACCGCUGCGAGGAGGCGGGCUUCCGGGAGGAGAUGGCCACCAACGUGCUGCUGUGUGGCGGCUGCACCAUGCUGGAUGGCUUCCCCCAGCGCUUCCAGAGGGAGCUGAGCCUUCUCUGCCCUCGGGACAACCUUGCAGUGUCCGCCGCCCCUGAGAGGAAGACCUCCGUGUGGACCGGUGGCUCCAUCCUGGCCUCCCUGCAAGCCUUCCAGCAGCUCUGGGUCAGCAAGGAAGAAUUUGAGGAGCGGGGCAGCGCAGCCAUCUACAGCAAGUGCUGAGGGGCCUUGAGAGCAAGGCCUUGUGGGCAGGUCACCACAGGCCACUAUACACAUUUACAGAAUUUUCCAUAAAGCUUUAACCUGUGAUGG